CUUGUACAUGGGUAUGACUCCAUGACCUUUUAUUUGACCUGAAUUCUCGUGUGUUCUUGAUUGGGAUGUCGCUGGUAUUUACAGAGUGCAAGAUAUCUACGACAUUUCUGACUUGAGCGUUUGGACAUUGCGACGCAGGAGACCGCCCAUCCGCCGCCAUGCAAUCAGCUCCGGACACAAGUGGUGCGACUCUGGAUUCUGUACCCGAGAAGGGAGAGCAAUACCACGAGAAUGGCUCUGUGCUAGUGAAAGGACCGGACGCAGACGCAGACGCAGCAGCAGAUGUACCAGUUGCUGUCCGCCAACCUGACGAGGACAUCAUCCCCGAUGGAGGACUGUUAGCAUGGCUGCAAGUCGCUGGAUCGUGGCUUUUGUUCUUCAAUUCAUGGGGCAUCAUCAACUCCUUCGGCGUCUACCAAACGUACUACGAACAGGAAAUGUUCUCGCAUCUGUCGCCCGACACGAUCUCAUGGAUAGGGUCGACGCAGUCCAUGCUUAUUCUGCUGGUGGGGGUGAUAGCAGGUCCGCUUUACGACAUGGGCAUGUUCCGCCCGCUGGUGAUUUCUGGGUCAGUCAUGAUCGUCCUGGGCUUCAUGUUCACCAGCCUCUGCACGGCCUACUGGCAGAUCAUGUUGUCUCAGGCCGCGCUUAUCGGCGUGGGCACGGGGUUCUUGUACAUUCCCUCCCUAGCACUAUUGCCCAGGUAUUUCACCACGAAGCGCGCUCUUGCAACGGGCAUCGUCACCGCGGGGAGCAGUCUGGGCGGGACGAUCUACCCGAUUGUUUUCCAGCAAUUACAGCCUCGGAUCGGGUUUGGGUGGGCGACGAGGGUGAUCGGAUUCAUCAGUCUGGCAACGUGUAUUUUUGCGAUCUGCGUGUUGCGACCACGCGGAAAACCCAGCACGAGACGCUCGCUGGUCGAUAUGAAGGCGUUCACGGAGCCGCCGUAUAUAAUGUACUGCUGCGCUAUAUUCUGCAGCUACUUUGGGUACUUUGGGCCGAUUUUCUAUUUGCAGCCUUACGCGCUGAGUCAUGGGUUGAAAGGCGGAAUGGUCGCAUUGUAUCUAGUCGCGAUCCUGAAUGCAGCUUCGAUUCCAGGGAGAAUUGUGCCUUCAUAUUUCGCGGGGAAAAUUGGGCCGAUCAACACGAUGCUUUGUGCGGCGACGGCUUGUGGAAUUGUCACCCUAUGUUGGAUUGCGGUCAAGGGUACGGCGGGAAGUGUUGUGUUUGCUUUGGCGUGGGGCUUCUCUUCAGGUGGAAUUAUCUCUAUGCCUGCGGUGAUUCUGGCCUCGUUGACCAAGGAUAUGAGUCGUUUUGGGACGAGGAUGGGUAUGUCUUCGUUCUUCAACUCUAUUGCGUCGCUUUGUGGUGCGCCGAUUGCUGGGGCUAUAUUGAAGGGCACGGGAAGCUACUUGGGCGUGCAGCUGUUCUGUGGGUUUGCGAUACUGGGAACGUCGGCGUUCUUGGUGACGCUGAGGCUGUAUCGCACUGGUUGGCGGGUUCUGGCGAAGAUUUGAUAUUGUGGCAAGGGACUCAUCGCAAGACUUUCCGACCUAUUGAGUAAACCUUCCAUCUUGCAGUUGAGAAGCCAUCAUUCCAGAACGCCGACCUCAAAUGUGUC